GCGUAGUCGCGGCAGCCAUCAUUAUUUCUCGUGUUUUCUUUUUUCCGACGCAAAUUUCUAUAACCACACUUUUUACGUUACGUUUACAAUAUUAUUGUUCUUGAGGUGAUUUUCGAUGAGCAGGCUAACGUCCUUUAAGUUUUCCAAAUGGAGAAAAGAUAAUGACGACCCGGAUGACCCAGAACCACCCCAAAAAAAACGUCUAAAGUUUCUUCUGACGAGCAGCAUUCUUCCAAGAAAACAGCAACUGCAGUCAGCGGGUUUUGUAAUGUAGAUAGGUAACUUAAUUUCACAUUCGCCUUUUUUUUUAUGUCCUAUUAAAAAGUUUUAUUUAUUAAAAAUGUUAGGUUAUGUCUACCACAAAAAUAUGUAGAUAGGUAACUUAAUUCACAUUCGCCUUUUUUGAUGUCCUAUUAAAAAGUUUUACUUAUUAAAAAUGUUAGGUUAUGUCUACCACGUAAAUAUGUUAUGUGGCCUUAUGCUGAAUGUUCGUCAUCUUUAUAAUAUUUUUUUUUAAAUGAAGGUUAGUGUACACUGAAAAAGGAAGAUAGUCUUUUUGAAAUUUAGAUGUAACUUCUUCAUGAAUUAAAAGUUGGUAUAUAUAUAAGCUAAGCUAUAUAAUGUUUUAAUUUUACAUAUGGCUGGAGAACCUUUCUUUCUCACCACUCAGUUAAAGACCAAAAUGCUGGUCAUUGGUUCAUUUUAAUUCAAAACAAUUAUUUCUGUAUGAGGUUCGGCUCGGUUCGAAACCAGAGAACUGAGGUUCGUCCAGCUCUAGAAAAUUGUAUACCUAAACUAUAUUAUAAAGGUAAUGGAAAUAGCACAAACAUAAGAUAAACUACGCUGCAUUUUGUCAAUUAGUAUAACUACUUGAUCAUUUCCAACCUUCAAUAAUAUAACAUCGCAGAAAAAACGUAACUUUUUUUAAAUGGUGUCAGUUAUACAAACGUAUUUUAUUGAAAACAUAGGAAGGAUUAAUUUAACAGAGAAUUGGACAGAUGCAAACUUACGUGUGUGGUUUUUGAGGUUAUUUGUCUCUAUUUUAUAUCAGGUGUAUACACUAUGCACUUAUUUUAUAAUUUUAUAAAUACACAUGUGAUUUGUUUUAAUACAUAGGCCUAUGUAAUUUUUUAAAAUAAAUGUGUGAUUUUUUUUAAUAACAUGUGGUGAAGUUUAGUGUGGUACUGGGAUUCGAGAUUCGAUGACAAACACUGAGGAUUUGAACAAGGAUUCGGAUUCGACCAAAAUGUGGAUUCGUCCCAUCCCUACAAAAUACUUAAUGAACUACAUUCAAAAAAAAAAUCAUGGAUCGUCAUACAAGACUCAAGUCUCAUUGCCAGUAACGAUGGACUUCAAAACAUCUUCCCCCUCAUUGUGAUGACAUGUGAAAAAUUUUAAGGCUGAUGCCAUGCUUGUGUUUUGUAGUCACUCAACAUUUUAGGAACCCAACGAGCACACAGUUUCCAGUAUCUUGGGUCUUUACUGACAAUUGUGUACAAAGCUGAUCUUGAUAUUUAUGGAAAAUCUUCAGAAAGUUCACUGAUUGUAAAAACUUCGUUUACCUCUGACCACCUGAUCAACAUGCUCAAUGAGGCCUACAGUAGUGAAGACUUGCACCCUUGUCCACCUUCAUCAUGGACGUCACUUCACCCUUAUUUAAAUUUUCUACACCACUUCUGUACACUAUCACCACUCAUAAAGUUUUCACCGUACACUUUAUUCAUUCUGUGACGGAUUUGAGGAGCACCUAGUCCCCCUGCCUUUCAGCUGCCUCGAAAAUUACACAAAAUACAAAAAUGUUGAACUGCUCAACAGUAAGAUACCUUCUUGGCCAACUGGCAAAUUAACUCUGCAAUAAUCAGAACAUAACAACAGUGCACAUGGUUGUAUCUCAAAUGGACAACAAAAUUGUUCAACAUAUUAGAAAAAUGUCAUUUCUUUCAUUACUUGACAAUAGUUGAAAAGCACAAUCUUAUUUGUCUUACAUUUCUUAAAUGUGAUUUACUGAAAAGUUGGGCAUUAAAUUUUACACUUUUAAUACAGAAUACUGACAUCCCUUUCAUUCAAUCCAACAAACUUUUAAAUCCCUAUCAAAUUUCAAGAUAAUAUUUAUAAAUAACAAUCUCUAGCUCUGUGCUCUCAAACUUGUUGAACUUUACUCUUAAACAAAUAAGUGUCAUUCCUCUGAUACAAAACCUUGAUACAUUACAAGUUUUCCUAGAUUACACAUUAAUACUUCCUCCCUAUACUAUAAACAACAACAAACAACAACCAACAACCAACAAACAACAACAACCAACAACCAACAACCAACAAACAACCAACAAACAACAACCAACAAACAACAACCAACAACAGAUCAUCAAAAUUGAGGGGUGGAACCAGACAAAGAGAAGGUAUCCAAACACCCUUGCAAAAAAAAAAUCCACACUGCCGGAAAACACAUUUAAAGUUAACCUCCUUGCUACCCAGCUGCCUACAAAAAGAACCCUGCAACAUGUGACAUUGCAAAAUUUUCCAAGAACGUCGUACUGCAGUUUAACUUUUCACAAAUAUUUGAAUAUACCAAUUUGAACUUACAAGAAAACCACUCGAGCAGAUACUUGAAUAACACAUCGGGGGGCACGGCAGUGCCCCCGCCAAGUCGAGCGUGAAGCAAACACUGCCGUACCAUCCUUUACUGGUACAAUUUACUCUUGAGCAAAGAAAAAUAAAACAUUAAUUAUCAAUAACAUGAUGUUCAAAUCCUCAACAUUCAAUUCUAGAAUCAAUUCAAACAUUUUAAAAUUAUUAGUUUAUAAAAUACUUUGUUUAUACUGUAUAUCAUUUGUAAUUCAAAUUUAACUCUCUUCUAAGUAUGAUAGACACAUAAAAUUUUGUCAGAAAAAUACACGUACAGCAACCGGGGGCAGAUCCAGUGAUGAGAUUUGGGGGAGAGGGAAACCAGUGCCCUUAAGCUUGACGUGGUCCAGCCGAAGGCCACCCAAAGCCCGACCUGCACCCGCCAGUAUCCGACCCCGCUAACGGAACGCACCCCUAGCCAUGGCCCACCCGAGUCAGGCUAGCCUCCGAUGCCAAGGUAGAACCAAGGGCCAUGUCUAAUUAAUUAAACACCUCGACCCCAGUUCAUUAACAAUCAAACAUAAUUUAAUAGUAACUUCACUAUUAAUUAAAACCCCCACCCAAGGAAAGUGCGACGCAGGAGUGCCCGAGUCACUCAAUUGUGAACUUACCAUAAUAAGUUUGUGAGUGCCUCCUUUGCGGCCUUCAGCCUUAAUUAAUUAUAGUGUUGUGUUAACGUAAGUAUUACCACCCCGUUUUUUAUGUAUAACUAGCCACUGGAGCAGUCAGCAAGUGACGAACAGUCUCUGGUGUGACUCUUAACAUUUAAACUUAAUUUACGUAAAUUAAUUGAUUAUAAUUAUUAAAGAGCAUCUGCCAAUCAGAUUAAUUAGGAAUAAUUAAUGUAUGAAUUUAGAACUGCUCUCAGCUUCUUAUUAUUAAAAUAAUUACCGAAUAACGCAACUUUAGCAACUUUGGCGCGAGAGAACGCUGAGACCUUCCCUCGCGCCAAGGCCAAACGCCAGUACCGAGCGACUCGCGGACCGGGGCGGACGUGCGUUACACGGGGAGCCAUCAUCCUUUGUCCACACUGAACAGUACUUCUGGUAAUUAUAGUCAUACAACCCAAACCUAUUUUCUUUGUUUACCUUAACUCCCCGUGCAUCCCUGGUCCUUUUACGGUGUAGGGCCUAACCCAGCCGCUUAGCUUAAAACUCCCUGCACGAGACAUUGCGCGGGGUAGAUCACCUUACGGCACGGGCCAACUCCCGCUACCAAUGAACUUUUAUUCAAUGUCGAGUGCACAGGCGCCGACGACAACUAGGUGUGAACUUUGUAUCUAAUUUAACUGUGGGCCGCGGUUCACACAGGUGAAUACGAGCGCCGCCAAAUUAGCAAUUUUCAGGAUUGGCCGCCUCCAAUCAAAUUCCCCCUUAACAACGGCUGGCGUGAGGGCUUAACCAGUGACAGUGCGUCAGAGCACUCAUAUUAAAUCAAGUGUAAUUUUGUAGGGUAAUUCCUUGUAGCCGUUCAAGUGUAAUGUCAGUGUAAUUUGCGACUGUAAUCGUUCACCUGAUUAAACGACUACACCGCACCCUCUGUGCGCGACGUGUCAGCGACAGAAUAUACCUCGAGUUCGUGUUUGUUAUUGUAUUGUGCUUUCCUACCCCAGCUAGGAAUCAGUGUAUUAUGCUGCACAGGGCCUGUGAUCUGAGACCAGCUAGGGGCCCCUCCAACCACGAACUUUGCCGACGGUCCUAGCGGGCCACGCAGGGGCAACGCACCCACGAAACCCAAAAUUGGUUUCACGCUGAGCUAACCUAGCGCCCUCCCAGAACACAAUUUCAAUAAGAGCCAGUUUCCCGCUAGGAUACACGCCCGGCCUCGAACACGAGAACCCGGAUGACGGCAAGUUAGUCUCAAAAAAAAAUUACAAGAUAUGGAAGUUAGAGAUUUAUUUCCUAAAACAUAGAACAAUAUUGACAAAACCCUGCUUAUGGAAACCUGGACAUAGAAUAUCCAAUAUACACCUAUCCCUCACUUAGCACGACUAAUUCGUUUCUAAAAAUGCUAGUGUUAUUCGAAAUCGUGUAUUCUGAAGCACUAGUUUUCAUAAAUAGCAAGGCUAAUUUAUUUAAUGUGUUCCAAAAUUGUUUAGGAAAAUAUACUUUACGUAAUAUAAAUGCAAUGAAUAACACUCAACUAUAAAUAUGUCUCACCAUUUAUCUUUAUAUUCCUCCCAUCGCACUUUGUAUGACAAAUACGACACAGAGUAAGGGGAUAUAUGUGGUUAUGUACUUUAUCGUCAGUUGGUUGGCUGACUUGCCCGCCCGGGCGUGACCUUUAACUCAUGUCGCGUACCUUUCCAAACCAUCCUGUACUGACAGUGAAACCGCUAUUACUGUCCGAAUAAUUGCUUGUAUCACCACCUGAUUCACACCAAUCCUGUCAGGCCAAUGAUUAUUUUUUUCAUGGUCAACAUUCAUUUAACAACCUUUUCCACGUGAAUCAUCUGUUCAUUUCUGUUCUGGUAUCUAAUGUCAAAUAUAUUCCCGCUAGUACAACCAACAGCAUCAGACUUUUGGUAAGAUUCCUUAUUUUGUACGAUUGUGCGCACAGUUGACUUGCUUAAAACUAAAGUGCGACCAACAUAAGCGUGUCCUUAAUGACAAUCUGCGUGCCGUAAUACUUCUAGAUUUGUCUCAAAUACUUGAACAUGAUGCAUUAUGAGUGAUCAAGCAAGUACAGUUACCAGCAGCUGAAUGGGCAGAUGUUGCUUUUGUUAGAGUGAAUUCCUUGCCACUGGUUAGACUGAGUUAAAGGCCCGGUUGGUGGCCAGGUGACAACGGUACGGCACGGCGGCAUACGGGCGGACGUAAAAACAUUUGGUCCUUUACACUCCAUAGCCGCAAUUUAACUUGCCAUAACUGAUGUUUAUACAACAGCUGAUAGCGUAAACAGACCUGCGCACGCAUCUCUUCCCCCCUUGUUUGGCUAACUGUAUCCCACGGCACAUCUGUUGUUUACAGAAGUUGAAACACUUUUUUCCCUGCCGAGUUCGUGCUAACUGAAAUUUACAGAUGUGCUACUCAAGACUGGGGCAGUAAAAUUAACAUCGCGCUAAAUGAAUCCGCGCAAUCUGAAGACGUGCUAAGUGAGGGAUAGGUGUAGAAUAAACAUAUUGAUGAUAUGAGCAUGAUAAACAUAAUUCAAAACAUUAACCUAAAUAGUUAAAUAUGAUUAUCAAUAAACAUGUUAACGAAACAACAUUCACUACCACGGUAGUUUUAGUUGUUUACUUUUACAGCGCGAACUAAAGCGCGGACACUACAGUUACCAAGCAGUGUUCCCAACUUCAUACUGAGAAAUUCCUCAAAAAAAAAAGCUAAAACUUCCCAUUAAAGAUAUAAUCCAUCAUUACCAAGCAGCGUUGCCAACUUCCUGUUUAUAAAUUCCUUGAAAAAGGCACAGGUAAAUUUCAUUUAAUGAUACAAAACAUUUUUCAAAUAUAUUCUUUGAUAAAUGUAUAAGUGUUGGUAUAAAUAAACAGCAUUCCAUUUUUUUCCAGCACGGUUCGACUUAGGGGGAGAAUCUUUCCCCCCACCCCCUUUUUUUUAAAUCCGCCCGACAGCAACACUUUUUAAUUUUUAAUGUCUAGAUUUAACAAAACUUUUCAAUUUAAAAAUUCAUAAAAUUCUUCAAUAUGACAGAAUAGCAUACCCAAAAUAAAUUGUAUUUUCAUAAAGUGAUCAGCUGAUUAAAAAAAAUUUGAAAAUAAUAAACUUUAUCUUAGACUUUCUCAUAAUACACAAAAAAUAUGUUGUUCCAAGAAAUAAAAACGCUCAAAACUCACACAAUAAUUUUUUUUUUACCAUAAUACAUAUUACAUUCAUUGCCAAAUAUAAAAACUUUUAAACCCUAGCAGACACCAGUUCGGAGGUGGCAACAAGCGCACCUGGACUUCGCAGAAGAACACCAUCAAAAGUUCCUAAUAGUGGUAGACGCGUACUCUUAAGUGGUUAGACGUCAUCCCAAUGACGGCUACCACAGCGUUUCACAUGGUGGGGAAGCUUAGAACUCUUUUUGCAGCGUUCGGGUUGCCAGAAGUGGUGGUGACGGACAAUGGUCCACCUUUUCAGUCGGACGAGUUUGGGCAAUUUCUGUCCGCAAAUGGUGUGAAACAUGUCCGAACUCCGCAUUAUCAUACGCAAUCAAAUGGUGCAGUGGAACUACAAGUACAGACUGUCAAGAUAGCUCUGAGGCGUCAAUUGCAAGAGGGCCGAAGCAAGGCACACACCCGCACGCUACAACAUAUGGUCAACGUAUUUUUGUUUGCUUAUAGGAAUACUCCACAUUCCUUGACUAAGAAAACCCCCGAGGAAUUGUUUUUACAGCGACAGCCUCGCACUCGGUUGUCGCUGUUAAAGCCGUCAUUUUCACACGACAUGUCAGCACGCCAGGAACAAGUGAAACGUGGGCUGGAUCACAAACGAGGGCCUCCAAGAGUUUUUUCCCAAGGAGAUUUGGUCUGGAUAAAAACGGUGCGGGGAGAGUUCAACUGGGUGCCAAGAUCAGUGAAGGAGGUAGUGAGUGCGGUCACUUACCGAGUGCAAGAGGGUUCGCAUGUCAGAUAUGUUCAUGCGGACCACUUGAAGCUGAGAGAGACAAGAACCAAUGGAACUCUACGUCCAGGGAAGCACUUGGUGGGGAAAUACGCAGGCGGGCAGCUGGGUGAAGAAGGAAGGGUGACAGAACCAGAAGCAGAGACAGUUACAUCAGCGCCCGAGGAGUCACACGUGGGGAAGGCCUCAGGUCAGACUCCGGAAGGGAGGCAUCCGUCCCGAGUGGCUAGUGGAGGGGAUGGCAGUCUCGAGGAUGAAGGUUUACGGGGAUUUCCGCCUUCAACGCCAGUAGCCGCUCCCUACCCCAGGCGCUCUGGUAGAUGCGUCAAGGUGCCAAGGAGACUAGAUUUAUAAAGAAAUGGAAGGGGGAGUGUAGUAACGAGUGAACUGAUGAGUGUAGUAUGGUAACGAAGGAACGGAUUGGACUAGGCGGAAGGUGUGGAACGGUGGAACAAUGGAUACUGUAAGCGUGGGACGUACAUGUGUUUUGUAAUAGUGUGAAAUAAAGAGCUACAACAAUUAGUAAAACUUAGAUACACCGAAUUAGUUACCAAACAAAAUGUACAAAUAACACUCCACCUGUUCGGACUUCAGAUACUAUGUCUGAUAUCCUGUAGCCUACACCAUAUAUAAAUCAACAAAAUACUUUAAUUAAUAAAAUAAAUUAUAAUAAUCAAUUUUUUUUUUCAUACUAAACUUAUUCUCAUUGACUUUCCUUGAACUAAUGCAGCAACCAUUGGCUACACUGGCUUGCGUACAUUCCCUUGUCCUUCCAGCAUGCAGGAAAUGGUUACAUUAGCAAGCUAUGGAAGCUAUCUUUCUUUUUCACCUCAAUUACGCUUUUCUUAUUUGGCUGUGUUUCUUCUGUGAUGUGCUGAAAGCAGGUUUCAGUGAGCAAUGACAAUUUAGGAUAAUACUGGUAUGUUAAUCAGUUGUGUAUGAACAACGAUGGUUCCAUAUGAUACAUCAACUGUAGGGCAUAAUAUUCAAUGGUUUAGUCAAUGGUAAACAACAGCCCAUAUCACAAACACAUCCGGGACACCAGAUACUAAUUAUUUGCUAACAUCUUCAGCAGUAUAUUCCAGUGACUAGAACUGUUCGUCGAUACUGCUCAAACCGCAUGCCAGAUAUGAUCCAGUGAGUUGUUUAGAGACAAGUGGACGAACAACCCACGACAAGUACUACCAGACAAAUAACCACAAUAGAAGGUAUCACCCACACUUACUACAUCCACACCACAUCAAAUGUGUGAAAGUGCUUCUGCUAGAAAAUCACAUGUACGAUCACAGCACAUUUGGCUUCAAAGACAGAUUUCUGAAUAUCUGCACUUCAAAAUCUGCAAUGUCUUUCAUAAUAAUACUAGCUUCAACACAGAUUUAACAGUUUCUUUGCAAGACUAUGUUUACUUACAAGCUGUGGUACCCAUCGUUGACAGGUUAAAAUUUGUUACGUGGCAAAGCAUUCUUAUUUUUUCAGUCAACUAGCACAUUAU